AAAAAAAAAAAAAGGGAUGACAGAGGUCCAGUGAUUUUGCCCAAGGAAAAUUAGAAGUUAAAAUGGUGUGUUUUGGCCUCUGACCAUCCCCACGGCUUCAUUCAAACAUUCCGGGCUCCCUGGCCACCACUGUAAGUGCGUCCGGGCCCGAGGACCUGCCUGUACCAUGAACCACAGGAUGUCCUGUGAGUCCAGGUUGGCCUCUAAGAGCCUGGACGGGUCACGCCACAGCCCAUCGGGGAUCCUGGGACCCCCAGUGCAGGGGGUGGUGCCGCUGCUGCUUCCAGGCCUGGGGAAACCAUGUAGACGGGACCGUCUUCCAAAUCGGAUUGGCAAGUGGGUUUGGCAGAGCCCAGCGAGACACUGGGAUGGCCCAAACUCACCAGAAGCCCCGUGCAGAGGUGGCUACUGGGGACAGCCAGGUCAUCCCAACACGGGUGGGGCCCCUGCAUGCCCCACUUCCCACCCCAUGGGUCACAGGCCUCGAAUGCACAUCCUGCUGUGUGGAGACCAGACCACAGGUGGACAAGCCCUGUCUGGGGAAACGGGCCUGGAGCACUGGGCGGCGGGCACUCACUUGGCUAUCUCUGCCACCACGUGGGGCAGAAAGAUGCCGGCCUGGAUUUCUGAGCUCCUCAACAGCUCAGGAACAGCGCAGUCGCUUGCCAACGCAGUGUGCGAGGCACAGACCAUUCCAGGGCCUGGCCUGUGCCCACAGGGCACUCCUGCCACACGGGCCCCUUCUCACAAGGCGACACUGUCCACCCCCAAUCCCUGGGGCCCAAAGCAGCCCCAGAACAGACACAUGCACCCCAAAAAAGGGGGUCAGUGGGGUAGAUGCACCCAUCUGGGGACCCUGUGUGUCAUCCUAAGUGGGCUACCCUCGAAAGCUAGAUGUGCCCAGGAAGCAGCAGCCCAGGCCCUGCACCUUGCCUCCCGCUCCCUCUGGCCGCCGGGCCUCAGCCAGCGCUGCCCCCUGUCCCGCCUGUGCCCUCGCCAGGGCCCCUCGCCGCCACCCCCUGCCGCCUCCCGAUCUGGUCAAACUCCUGGGCACGAGCCCCGCGUGCAGGCGCCGGGCCUGGGCUCCUGUGGCCGUCCCGCCAGCGCCCGUCUUCCGUCCCUGCAUUUAGAGAAGGACGAUGGCAAAGGCACCCGCCCGCUGACCCCUCUUACAGCUGCUGCCGCGGGUGGCGACCACAGAGACGUCCCCUCUGCCAUUGCUGCGGGACUGGGAAGGACGCCGGGCGGAAACAGCCUCCCCCUCCAGUGCCCUGAACUCCCUGGGUCCACCCCGGCUCCCAUGGUGGGAAGGGGCCGGCUUGGAGCCCCCAUGGGACAGAGUGGAGGUGGGGUAAGUGCCUGGAGCUCUCGGCCAUCAUGUGCGAGUUUUGCUCCCUGCUGACGCCUCCCUCGCACCGUCCUUUCUGUAUUGUGGACUGGGCAGCUCUCACGGGGGGCAGUUCUGCUCCCAGGGGAUGCUGGCCAGCAAGUGGAGACGUCUGUGCUCUUGGCUGGUGUUGCCACAGGCAUCUGGCUGGUGGAGCCCAGGCAGGCUGUCCUGGCCCCUGCAACCCGCAGGACAGUCCCGCCAUGGAGGACGGCCAGCCCUGAGUCCCCAGUGCCCCAGGGCCCGGGAACCCCUGCCUGCCCUGGGCAGAUCCCCGGGGCCAGGCGGUUCAGGCCGCGCUCCUGCCUGCUGGGGUCUCCUGCCGUGCUCGCCAUCGCCACUGGGUGGAGCCACAGGUCCAUGUGAUCGUCCCUGUGAUCCCAGGUUCCGGAAGGAUCCUCACCCAAAGCUGGCCCGGCCCGGCUCCCAAACUCUGGUCUCAGGACCCUUCGCAAUCCUGAAACCUUUUGAGCUUUUGUUUACAUGCGCGGCCGCUGUGGACAUUCACCCUACUAGAAAUAGAGUAUUUAAAAAUGUUCACUUUUUCACGUAAAAGUAGCAAUAAAUCCAUUGCAUGUGAACAUAACAUUUUAAUGAAAAACAACUGUUUCCCCGUAAAAAAAAAAUGUAGUGGGAAGAGAAAGGAGGGGUGGCUGUUUGUGCUGGAUUCUUAUGUCUGCAUCUGCCUGCAGGCCUGUGGCCUCCAGAACAUUCCGCCCCACACUUUCAGGAGAAUGGGAAGGAGGCCAGGCACGGUGGCUCACGCCUGUAAUCCCAGCACUUUGGGAGGCCAAGGCGGGCGGAUCACCACAGGUCAGGAGUUCGA